AUUAUUUUAUCAAAUAUGCCUGCGGUUUUAGAUAGUAUAGAGGUUGACAAUUUCAAAUCCUACAAGGGACAGUAUACUAUAGGACCUUUGAAAACAUUUACUGCCGUAAUAGGCCCUAAUGGAUCAGGGAAAAGUAACUUUAUGGAUGCCAUCAGUUUUGUUAUGGGUGAGAAGACUUCUUCCUUAAGAGUGAAACGAUUGAGUGAUCUUAUUCAUGGAGCCUCUAUCAAUAAACCAGUGGCUAGAACGGCUGCAGUGACAGCUGUGUUCAGGAUGGAAGAUGGUUCUAUGAAGCGUUUCACUCGCACUGUUGAAGGCACAUCUUCAGGAUACAGGAUCAACAGAGAGGUUGUCACUACCCAGAAGUAUAUGGAAGACCUAGAAUCUAUUGGUAUUAAUGUCAAGGCCAAGAACUUUUUGGUUUUUCAAGGAGCAGUGGAAUCGAUUGCCAUGAAAAAUCCUAAAGAAAGAACUGUUUUGUUUGAAGAGAUAAGUGGAUCAGGAGCUGUGAAAGCAGAGUAUGAUCGGCUCAAGACUGAGAUGUUGAAAGCAGAGGAGGAGACUAACUACACAUAUUUAAAAAAAAGAGGAGUGGUUGCAGAACGGAAGGAAGCAAAAUUAGAGAAAGAUGAAGCUGAAAAAUACCAGAGAUUAAAAGAGGAGUUGAUUGAGAAAGAAAUUGAAUACCAAUUAUUCCGACUGUAUUAUAAUGAGAGUGACAUCAAGCAUUAUGAAAAUGAGUUGGAGAAGAAAAAAAGAGAUGUAGAAAAGUUGGAGAAAAAAAAGGAAAAGGCUGAGGAACAACUGAAGGAAAAGAAAAAAGAACAGGGAAAACUAAACAAAGAACAGUCUAAAAUAGAGCAAGAAAUAAGAGAAGCGGAAGUUGAGAUUAACAAAAAACGGCCAUCAUUUAUAAAGUCCAAGGAGCGUGUGGCACAUAUUCAGAAAAAGUUGAACACAGCGAAGAAAUCCUUGGCAGAAGCGAGACAAGCAAAUGAGGCUCACGAGCGGGACAUACAGGAGUUGCAGACAGAACUGGAGGAGGUGGAAGCUCGGCGUCAGCAAUAUGAGGACAUGGUAGCAGGCGAGAGUCAGUCUCAGGGCAGAGAUGUACAAUUGGAGGAUGCUCAGGUAGUGGAGUACAAUAGGUUGAAAGUAGAGGCUCAGAAGCAGUCAGCUCGGUACCUCCAGGAGCUGGACUCUAUCAAUCGAGAGCAGAAGGCAGAGCAGGACAAGCUGGACAACGAAGCCAGGGUGCGUGCAGAUCUGGAGAACAAGAUCAAGCAGAAGGGCCAUGAGAAGGAGGAGGCACAGAAACGUGUAGAUAAACUUAUAGAGCACAUCAGGACGAGUGAGGCAGCUCUAGAGGAUCAGAAGCGUCUGAGGGAGGAGUUGCAGGCUGAUGUUGGGACAUCAAAGGGCCGGGUGCAGGAACUACAGAAAGAGCUAGAGAACGUGAUGGAACAACUUGGUGAUGCCAAGAUUGACAAACAUGAGGACUCUCGACGCAAAAAAAAACAGGAGAUAGUAGAGAACUUCAAAAAGAAUUUUCCUGGAGUGUAUGACCGGAUGAUCAACAUGUGUCAGCCCAUUAACAAGAAGUACAAUGUGGCGGUAACCAAGGUACUCGGAAAAUACAUGGAAGCUAUUGUGGUAGACACUGAGAAGACUGCCAGGAACUGCAUUCAGUUCCUCAAAGAACACAUGUUGGAUCCUGAGACCUUCCUGCCUAUUGAUUACAUCCAGACAAAGUCUCUCAAAGAACGACUCAGGAACAUCAAGGAGCCAAAGAAUGUGAAGCUGUUGUACGAUGUGCUCAACUACUCACCACCAGACAUUAAACGAGUGGUACUCUUUGCUACCAACAACGCACUGGUCUGUGAUACCCCAGAGGAUGCCAUGAAAGUCGCUUAUGAGAUUGAACCCCAAAACAGAUAUGAUGUAAGUAGGUAA